AUGACUUCUGUUCAGAAAAACACCGACUCUUCGCUCUUCCGCCACCGCCAGCUGGCACCGACCGCCGCCGUCCGGGUCUCCCCACUAUGCCUGGGCACCAUGACCUUCGGCGGCCAGCAAGAGGCCAAAUACGGAGAAUGCUCUAAUAAAGAGGCCUUCGCAAUGCUCGACUACUUCUACAGCCAAGGCGGCAACUUCCUCGACACCGCCAGCGGGUACCAGGAAGGGCACUCUGAGAUGCUGGUCGGGGAAUGGAUGGCCGCACGCAAGAACCGCGACCAGAUGGUGCUUGCGACCAAGUACACAACCGCAUACAUGACACAGCAUAAAGACCGUAUCCAGUCCAACUAUGGCGGAAACAACGCCAAGUCGCUGAAGGUCAGUGUCGACGAGUCGCUGCGCAAGCUGCAGACGUCGUACAUUGACCUGCUAUAUGUCCACUGGUGGGACUACACGACCUCCAUCCCGGAACUGAUGCAUUCCCUGAACGACCUGGUUGUCGCGGGGAAAGUGAUUUACCUGGGUAUUUCGGACACGCCGGCUUGGAUCGUCACCAAGGCGAACCAGUAUGCGCGCGACCACGGGCUGCGCCAGUUCGCGGUGUACCAGGGGAUGUGGAACGCGGCCAUGCGGGACUUUGAACGAGACAUCAUCCCCAUGGCGCGCGAGGAGGGAAUGGCGCUUUGUCCAUAUGGUGUGCUGAACCAGGGCAGGUUUCAGACCAAGGAAGGAUUCAAAGAGCGCGAGAAGGAUAACCCUGGCCGCAAGUUCAUUCCCACGUCCGAGCAUGACAAGAAGGUAUCUGCUGUGCUUGAGGAUGUAAGCAAGGCUAAAGGCGUGGAGCUGCUCAAUGUCGCCCUCGCCUACGUGAUGCAAAAGACUCCUUAUGUUUUUCCAAUUGUCGGCGGUCGGAAGGUCGAUCACAUCAAGGGCAGCAUUGCCGGUCUUGAUAUUACCCUCGAGGAGGAGGAACUGGAAAAGGUCGAGGGAGCCUAUCCGUUCGAUUUCGGAUUCCCGCAUACCUUCCUGAGCGGGUCGAUGUUUGACCAUUCCACACCGAAGAUGGCAGACAAGCCGGGCGAUGUCUGGUUGACAAAACCACUGGGCAGGUUCGACUGGGUGGACCAGACUAGGGCUAUACGGCCAUCGCAGUAG